GUAUAAUAUAAUAGGUAUAAUCAUUUUCAUAAAAUACAGUUUUCAUGUGGUUUGAAAUUGUUGUUCUUGGACUUUAGUCUAUUGCAGCAUAAUUCUCAGACCACACAAAUACAGACUCAAAGAAAAGUUAAUAAUUACAUUUUAAUCGAACAAGUAAUAGGCCUGUUUGACAUUUCUCUCCAGUUUAUAUCCACCACAUAUCAGCCAAAUUCCCCCUUAUAUGCUGACAUGUUUUUCUCUGUCACCCCAUGUGUCUUUUAUCAUGACAUAGACAACACAUUAGAUUAAGGCGUACAGUCAUAACAUGGUAACCUAGUUUUAAGUGUCGUAAGAAUGUUGUAUUGACCCUUGCGGGGCGGAGCAUUAACGAGAAGUAUAAGAGUUUGAUGUUUUGAGGGUGGGUCAUUUUGCUUUAGACACUUGCGUCUUGCGAUCCAAAAUGCCACUUGAGUUAUAUCUUGAUCUUCAUUCACAGCCAUGUCGUGCCGUGUUUAUAUUCGCAAAGAUAACCAAAAUUCCCUUUGAAUACAAAAGCGUGGAUUUGUCUGCAGGUGAACAAUUUGGGGAAGAAUUUGGCAAGGUUAGCAUUUUAAGGAAAGUACCAGUCCUUAAAGAUGGGGAUUUUAUCCUCACAGAGAGCAUAGCAAUCCUCCAGUAUUUGGCAGCAAAACAUCGCACUCCAGAUCACUGGUAUCCAGCUGACCUGGUGAAGCGUGCACGAGUUGAUGAGUAUCUUUCCUGGCAGCACGCAGGCUUACGAGCUCACGGUUCAAGGGUGUUCUGGUUUAGGGGAGUCUUACCUGUGGUCACAGGAACCCCGGUGCCCAAGGAGAAGAUGGAUUCGGCCCUGGAGGACCUCAACAUGUCUUUGAAGACCUUUGAGGAGAAGUUUCUUCAGGACAAUCCCUUUAUUAUUGGAGAGAAGAUAUCACUGGCAGAUUUAGUGGCCAUUGUGGAGAUAAUGCAGCCGGUUGGUACAGGUCUAGAUGUGUUUGAAGGCAGACCCGCUCUGAGUGCAUGGAGAGAUAAAGUGAAGAAGGAGAUCGGAGAGGAAGUCUUCGAUGAAGCCCAUAAGGUUGUCAUGAAUGUUGAUGUACUGCCACAAACCUUUGAAAAGAAGGGUAUUCCUGAGUUUCUCAAACUUCGGAUUAUGAAAAUGUUUAACUGAAUACUUGCCUUCUCCUUUUGCUUGCAAUCACUGUGUUAAAUCAGUAGUGAAACGACUGUAUUCAAAACAAACACACUAUAAUAAAUUCAAUCAAAGUUUUCAUGUAGUUUUAUUUUUUAUUUUG